AAUAUCAUCCGGGGCACAUCUGAAAUAUUUUUGUAGUUGGUUGAAGUAAAUAAGAUGCCGAAGAGCAUUCUAAUUCUAAUAACCGCUAGGUUUUUCCUGGCAACUUCCACAACAACUACAGGAAUUACACCGGCUGGGAAAAUCUACAAAUGUGUAGCCAUCGGUAGUCCUUGUCCCACUGUUGCAGGACUGGAAGGGAAAGCUUCCAUUGAUCCCAGAAUAAUUCUUCCGAAUGAUUUCUGCUCACCCGGCUACUUGCCCUGCUAUGCAACUGAAAAGGAAUGUGGGGAAAGAUUUGUCGACUCAAUAAACCUUGAGGACGGAGAAGCAGAUAGAGGCGCCCAUCCAUGGCAGGUGUACAUGAGGAAUCUGACCUCAAAUUUCUCGGGCAGCGGAGUCUUACUGGAUGCAUUUCAUGUGCUGACAAUCGCUCACAAAGUGGAGGGUAAUCGAGAAAAUCCUGCAGACAUAACAGUCUACUUGGGAGUAUGGGAUCCUACUAACCUCAGCGACACCCAAUAUUCCCAAGUCAAAGAAGUGAUAAAAAAUAUUUCAUUUGACAACGACACUUUAAUGAACGACAUCGCCAUCCUUAGACUAGAACACCCAAUAGCGUUAGGCGUGCAAGACAACAUUAACACAAUUUGCCUGCCGGAACCAGAAACAACGUUCGCUGGAACAAGUUGCAUGGUCUCAGGAUGGGGCCAAUCAGCCUUCCAAACGUUUGAUGCCCCCACCAGCCCUCAAAAGCAAGUAAGAGUCACGAUAACCGAUCCAGAAAGUUGUCAAAGAUCAUUUGCCAGGCCCACGCUUUUGGGGAACCUUGUAGAUUAUUAUCUCGACCAAGAAGGAGAAAUCUGUGCUGGUGGAGAAGCCAACAAAGAUGCGUGUUCGCAAGACGGCGGCUCUCCAUUAAUAUGCCCGGAUUCUACGGGAAAACUGGUAGUUGCAGGUUUGGUGAUUUGGGGAAAAAACUGUGGCCAACCGGGAGUGUUUGGCGUAUACGUGAAUGUACCAUAUUACAGCAAAUGGGUGAAACUGACGAUUGAAAAACUCAAUGCCAAAUACAUAAAAUAACCGGGCAAAUUAUCACCAUCAUUGUUGUGUAACUGUAAUUUAAAUAAAACAUGGAUAAGAACCAAUAGGAA